CAGUAGUGGUGGCAGGGGAGGGGAAAGGGGGAGGGCCCCGAGGGCUACACACGCUCCCACUUUCAAGUUCCCUUGGAGGGAGAGGAGGUGGGGCUGCAGAAAGAGGAGGCCAGGAGCAGUUCCAUCCGUCCCGUCCCGUCUCCCCCUUUUCCUCUUGCUCCUUGCACCCUGCCUCUGCGAGAGUUGAGGGUUCGGGUGGCAGUCCGCGGCAGUGAGGGCAAGAGGGCCAGGAGAGUGGGCAGCGGAGCCAGGGGUGCGGGGGAAGAUGCCCAUCCUGCUGUUCCUCAUAGACACGUCCGCCUCUAUGAACCAGCGCACUGACCUGGGCACCUCCUAUUUGGACAUUGCCAAAGGCGCUGUGGAGUUAUUCUUGAAGCUGCGCGCCCGGGACCCGGCCAGCCGCGGAGACAGGUACAUGCUGGUCACCUACGACGAGCCCCCGUACUGCAUCAAGGCUGGUUGGAAGGAAAAUCACGCAACAUUCAUGAGUGAACUAAAAAAUCUUCAGGCUUCUGGACUGACUACUCUUGGUCAGGCUCUAAGAUCCUCAUUUGAUUUGUUAAAUCUCAAUAGAUUAAUAUCUGGAAUAGACAAUUAUGGACAGGGGAGAAAUCCAUUUUUUUUAGAACCAUCUAUUUUAAUUACCAUCACAGAUGGAAACAAGUUAACAAGUACUGCUGGUGUUCAGGAAGAGCUUCAUCUUCCUUUGAAUUCUCCUCUGCCUGGAAGUGAACUAACCAAAGAACCUUUUCGUUGGGAUCAAAGGUUAUUUGCCCUGGUGUUGCGUUUGCCUGGACUGGCUUCUACGGAACCAGAGCAUCUAGGGAGUGUACCAACUGAUGAGUCUGCCAUCACACAGAUGUGUGAAGUCACAGGAGGUCGCUCCUACUGUGUUAGAACACAAAGAAUGUUGAAUCAGUGUUUAGAAUCUCUAGUUCAGAAAAUUCAGAGUGGUGUAGUUAUUAACUUUGAAAAAACGGGACCAGAUCCACUUCCUGUUGGAGAAGAUGGACUUACGGAUUCAUCCAGGCCAAGCAAUUCAUUUGCUGCUCAACCCUGGCAUAGUUGUCAUAAGCUGAUUUAUGUACGGCCUAACUCUAAAACUGGUGUUCCUGUUGGACAUUGGCCAAUUCCAGAAUCUUUUUGGCCAGAUCAGAAUUUACCUUCACUACCUCCACGAACAUCUCAUCCUGUUGUGAGGUUCUCCUGUGUAGAUUGUGAGCCAAUGGUAAUAGACAAACUUCCUUUUGACAAAUAUGAACUUGAACCUUCACCCUUAACUCAGUACAUCCUGGAACGAAAGUCUCCCCAUACCUGCUGGCAGGUAUUUGUUACCAGCAGUGGAAAAUACAAUGAACUUGGUUAUCCAUUUGGUUAUUUAAAAGCCAGUACGACUUUAACUUGUGUAAACCUCUUUGUGAUGCCGUACAACUACCCAGUUUUACUCCCUCUUUUAGAUGACUUGUUUAAAGUUCACAAGCUUAAGCCAAAUCUGAAGUGGCGACAGGCUUUUGACAGCUACUUAAAAACUCUGCCUCCAUACUACUUAUUACCAUUAAAGAAAGCACUAAGGAUGAUGGGAGCUCCAAAUCUGAUAUCAGAUAAUUUAGAUUGUGGACUUAGUUACAGUGUUAUCUCUUACCUUAAAAAACUCAGCCAACAGACCAAACUAGAGUCAGAACGGAUACUAGCAUCCGUGGGGAAGAAACCUCCCCAGGAAAUUGGAAUCAAAGUGAAAAAUCAUUCUGGAGGUGGCGUGUCCUUUACCCACAGUAAAAAUUUUAGAAAACUAUUGAAAGAAAUCAUAGGGGAAAGUGCACCAAGACUGACAGAAUUGAAUACCAAAGAAUUUGCUGGCUUCCAAGUAGGGCUCUUAAACAAGGAUUUGAAACCUCAGACAUAUAGAAAUGCUUAUGAUAUUCCACGUAGAGGUCUUUUAGACCAGUUAACCAGAAUGAGAUCCAAUCUGCUGAAAACACACAAGUUUAUUGUUGGACAAGAUGAAGAUUCCCUUCAUAGUGUUCCAGUCGCACAAAUGGGUAACUAUCAGGAAUAUCUAAAGACACUGGCUUCUCCGCUUCGAGAGAUUGAUCCAGAUCAACCAAAAAGACUACAUACUUUUGGCAAUCCAUUCAAACAAGAUAAGAAGGGAAUGAUGAUUGAUGAAGCAGAUGAAUUCGUGGCAGGGCCACAGAACAAAGUGAAGCGCCCCGGAGAACCCAACAGUCCUCUGUCAUCUAAGAGAAGGCGGAGUAUGUCCCUGCUGUUGGCGAAACCGCAAACACCACCCACUGUAACUAACCAUGUGGGCGGAAAGGGACCACCCUCAGCCUCGUGGUUCCCAUCUUAUCCAAACCUCAUAAAACCCACCCUUGUACAUACAGAUGUCACUGUCAUUCCUGAUGUCCAUGAGGAGAAGAGGGAAAAUGGUCAGAUCCCACCCGAUGGCUUCUUGUCAAAAUCUGCUCCCCCAGAGCUUAUGAAUAUGGCAGGAGAUGGUAUUCCACACCACCACCAGUUGGAUUCUCUAUCUGACGACUUCACUAGUCUAAGGAAAGACGGCCUGAUUCACAAACCUGGUACGCAUGCACUUCUAGGAGGAAGCAAACACUGCAGUGUCUCUGUAGAUGAUCGAAAAGCCUCGGUGACACCCACUUUGGGAACUGUACCAAACACCUUGCAAAUAACUCCUGCUAUGGCGCAAGGAAUCAAUGCUGAUAUAAAACAUCAGUUAAUGAAGGAAGUUCGAAAGUUUGGACGAAAGUAUGAAAGGAUUUUCAUUCUGCUUGAAGAAGUGCAAGGGUCUCUUGCAGUCAAGAAACAAUUUGUUGAGUUUACCAUCAAGGAAGCUGCAAGGUUUAAAAGACGAGUCUUAAUCCAGUACCUUGAGAAGGUACUAGACAAGAUAGACUCCCACCACCACCUCAACAACGUUAAUCACAUCAACAGAAGAUCAUCAUGUUAAUGCAAAGACCAAGGAGAAAAAAGGGCAAGUUUUCUAUGCUGUACGAUGGAAGAUGAUAUUGUCAAAGCUUCCUAGAAUGUUUUAGGCAAGGGAAUUGCCUUCCCGAAGCUAAGAAAAAGCCAUGGAGCUUUUUUUUUUUUUUAUGAUUCUCUGGAAGUAAAAGCUGGCUAAGGGUUUUUCUGAAAGUA